CACACAGGCAUCGGUCUCUCGACGCCACGAGGCAGUGGCACGUCUGGCCACAUCACCAAAAAUCUGUCGACUCUCCGUCAUCGUGAAGACUACAGGCAGACCAAAGGCUUUGCCGAGCUUCCUUCUGCGGGCCGACAGCCCAAUCUGGAGAUUCUCGAGCACGAGCGGAAGCGAAGGGUGGAGGUGAAAUGCCUCGAGUUGCAAGUCUCUCUGGAGGAUGAAGAGCUUGAGGAGGACGAGAUCGCUCGCCGGGUCGAUGAGCUACGACAGAGGCUACUGAGCGAGAGCACCCAAUCGGCCGCCUCUAAUACCGUCAAGCGAGGCACGUACAGAGACUCGGAUACCCACGGAAUCGCUCAGGCAAAGCAACUCGAGGCUGCCAAAUUGUCAAAAGCGCUUCACAUUCGACCAGACUACGAAGUCGGUCAGGGCUUCGAUAGAGAACUGCAAGAGAGGCGCAAGAUCGAGCGUGCGGAAGCUCGCGAAGCCAGAAAGGCAGAGGCCGAACAACGCAAGACAGCGCAGCGAGAGGCAGCCAAUGCCAAACGAAUGCAAAUCCAAGCCGCUGAGCGUGCUCGUCCACCUUCACAGUCACGUCGUCGUCGC